AUGUCUUACGCCAUAAAAGCGCUACUCCUCCGUAUGGUCUACCCUUUAACAGACCUGCCGAUGUAUCCACUGCAGACGUUCCUGUACUCCCAAAGUCCUCAUGUAUGCCAGCCAGGAAAGCUAGAGGAAGAUUUACUGAAUUAUAAGGACUGGGUAGAGAAUAAAGUAACAAAGCCAAGGCUUAAACCUGAAAUGCCUGUAAUGUUAAGGAAUAUUGGACUGGAUCUUAGCAGUGUCAUGCCUUCUGGAUUAAACUGGGAAGAACCUGUGCCAGCUACACAAGAUAAAGCUAGAGAGAACACCUUUGAAGUCAGAGAGAAGACCUUUGAAGAUAGAGAGAAGUCCGCGCCCGCCUCCGCCGCGCCAAUGGUACUCAUCGAGAGAGACACGGCCGCGCUCCCGCGCACCACGACGUCAGCCAUGCACAUCGAUGAACAGCCUGCCAGCACGUCGGCAGCGUCCGCGAACACGGUUGUCCCGCAACGACGACUCGUCACGUCCACGGAAGGGGGGCAGGUGCAAGUCCCGCCUGUCAGAGCAAGUAACCGCUCCGUGCGAUCGAUACGCUCCACAGCAAGUACGACGGCGCGCAUCAGACAAGCCGAGCUCGACGCGGAGAUACAAUUAGCUGAAAUGAAACAGCAGGAACUCCGUCUAGAAGCCAUCAAGGUCAAGGCGAAACUUGAACGGAGCGUCGCAAUGAUAAGGGAAGAAAGCGAAAGAGGAAGCCAAAUCGAUGAACAGGAAAUCGCCGCUGAAACGCACACGGAGGAACAGCAACGCGUCCACGACUGGUUGAUUGAAAUGGAAUACAGCCAGCCGCGGGGGGAGGGACGACGCCCGCCUAAGCACAGUAUGGAGCCUGUUCUAUGCGCGAGAAACUCGCACGCGAGCGAGCGAGAUGGAAGAUGGAAUCGAGAGGCACGAGGGAAAGAGACGGAACUACGCCCGCCUAGCCCUAUUCCUAAUCAACGUACGAGCUUUCAUGCGACGAAUAAAGAAGAGGACACGGUCGAUAGAAUAGCACAAGCGCUAGAAAAGAUCGUGAAUAAACGUCCGGUGCCUCGCCGAGCCCACGAGCUACCUACGUUCAGCGGCGCCGCGACGGAAUGGCUACCCUUCAAGGCGGCCAUGCGGGAUUCUACGACGAUGUACAAGUAUUCCGACUACGAGAACCUCGCACGGCUACGGAACUGUCUACGAGGGAAAGCACAGGAGACAGUCGCCGCGCUACUAUACUCGGCGACUAGCCCCGACGAGAUUAUGCGAACACUGGAGCAAUGUUUUGGAAGACCAGAGAUGUUGAUCGAACGAGCGUUGGAAGAUAUAAAGAAGUUACCUAAGUCCGGUACGUCCGCGGGCGAAUUGAACACCCUCGCGGUCAAGUUAAAGAACAUCGUAUGCGUAUUAGGUGGCGUCGAUGAAAGAGGAUAUCUCCGAAACCCCAUGCUCACACGAGAGGUCAUCGAGAAGCUAAGCCCACAUCUCAAGUCUAGGUGGUAUGACUUCGCCUACGAACACGGAGACCCAUCGGAAGCCGAGAUAGCAACCCUGUCAAGAAUUUUGGAACGUGAGGUCGACCGUGCGAUGCGAUUUUCAUACGCCACAUCGCCCCAGUCGCUGAAGGAGACUUUCAACAAUCAAGAAAAGAAGUCGUUUUCAUGUGAAAGGCCACGUAAAGACGUGAAAGUCUACGCAACCACUGAAACACCCACCGCACCGACCGUCGAGAGAGAAAAGGAAGCCGUCACAAAACGAUGUCUAUGCUGCGGCGGCAACCACGACGUACCCGAUUGUAAGAAAUACAAGAGGAUGACGGUCAACGAACGAUGGCAGUGGGUGAAAGAAGAGAAAAUAUGCUUCAAGUGCAUCAACGGAAAGCACAGGAGAUUCACAUGUAAAGCAAAGAGGUGCGGAAUAGAAAACUGUCUCUUACCUCACCACAGUACGUUGCAUAUGGACACGUCGCCCGCCGCAGCUACUCAACCGAAGUCACCGCCAGUAAACGAGGAAAAUGUCUUGUCCGCGUCGGCCACUACAAGCGGCCCGGUCAAGGUGUUACUGAAGGUGUGCCCGGUAUUGAAGAGGUACGCGCUACUAGACGAAGGCGCUACCAUCACGCUCAUGGACGAAGGCCUAGCGAACGACCUCGGCGCCAGAGGACAUGUGAGCCCGCUACACAUACACGGUGCCACAGCGAGUCAAAAGGAGACGCAAAGUCGUAUCGUCAAGAUUGAAGUACGAGGCCAACAUGAAGAGCAGUUUCACGACAUCACCGCCCACACGGUGAAACAACUUACGAUCGGAAGCCAGACGGUGAAAAGGAAGUUCAUCGAAUACGAACACUUGAAGCACCUACCACUCGAUGACAUGAGUUACGAAUCGGCGCGCCCGAGCCUACUGAUCGGCGCCGACAACUGGAAAUCCUCAUCGGCAAACGCUACGAGCCCAUCGCAUCACGCACCGAGCUGGGAUGGACGAUACCAUGGCACGGUGCCGCGGAGCUUGUACCGAGGGGAGGAUCAACUAGUCCUCCACGUACACGCCAAGACGGAAAAAGACGUGAGGAACUUCGCUAAUGAAGAUGAGGAAUUAAACGCGCUCAUCAAAACACACUACGACGUCGACGCCCUAGGAAUUGCCUUGAUAAGGAAGCCGAGGAAGGCCGAAGAGAGAGCGAUCGACAUCUUCAAUAAAACCAUCGAACGAGUCAACGGAAGAUAUCAAGUGGGCCUGCCAUGGAGAGACGAGCAACUAGUCAUGCCGCCCAGCUAUGAGAUGGCUUUCAGGAGACUGCGGACUAUCGAGAGGAAGAUGGAUCAGUCCCCCGAAUUCCAGGCAGCCUACACAAGCCAGAUAGAGAACCUACUCACGAAGGGAUACGCCGCAGUAGCUAACGGAGACGUGAGAGACAACGAAAAGUCAUGGUACCUACCUCACUUCGCCGUGACGAACCCUAACAAGCCAGGGAAGGUACGCCUAGUCUUCGACGCAGCCGCCAAGUCGAGAGGAGAGAGCCUGAACGAUCACCUCCUAGAUGGACCCAACUUACUGCGAGCCUUACCGGGAAUUCUCUAUCGCUUCCGGGAGAAAGAGGUCGCCGUCACCGCCGACAUACGUGAGAUGUUUUUACAAGUAAAGAUUCGCCCUGAAGAUCGACCGGGUCAAAUGUUCCUGUGGAGAGGUAACGAACGAAAGAAGCCACCCACUUCGUCGUCGUCCGUUAUCAGCGCGGGGCCGCGGUCGUCCUGUUCAACCGCCGCCGCCUCCCGCGCAACCGCCCGCGCGUAA